ACGUUGGGGCUCGCGCGCAGCCAGGCCCGACAAAAAAGGUAGUCACAGCGCACGCGUCACAUUUAUGUUGUUGUUUGUGGCGGUAAGAUGGCGGCGCUCGGAGACAGCUCAACUCCGGCCAUGAACGGGUUAAUACAACAAUUCACAGCGAUAACAGGAGCCACAGAAAGUGUAGGAAAACACAUGCUGGAAGCAUGCAACAAUAACCUAGAGAUGGCAGUGACCAUGUUUCUGGAUGGAGGCGGUCUUUCAGAAGAGCCCAGCACCAGCUCCAGUUCUGCGGCUUCUAGCAGCAGAGCUCCACCUUCAGAUGAAGUACGAGCACCUAUUCCACAGAAGCAGGACAUAUUGGUAGAACCGGAACCACUGUUUGGAGUGCCAAAGCGAAGGAGACCUGCUCGAUCAAUAUUUGAUGGUUUUCGAGACUUUCAAACAGAAACAAUUCGUCAGGAACAGGAACUCCGUAACGGUGGAGCAGUGGAUAAGAAACUCAGCACCCUGGCAGACCUCUUCCGUCCUCCCAUUGAGCUCAUGCACAAAGGCAGCUUUGAGACGGCAAAAGACUGUGGUCAGCUUGAGAACAAGUGGCUCAUGAUCAACAUUCAGAAUGUUCAGGAUUUUGCCUGUCAAUGUCUGAACAGGGAUGUAUGGAGUAACGAUGCAGUGAAAACUAUCAUCAGAGAACACUUCAUAUUCUGGCAGGUUUAUCAUGACAGUGAAGAAGGACAAAGGUAUAUCCAGUUUUAUAAACUGAACAAAUUUCCCAUUUCCAUCCUGGACCCUCGCACAGGUCAAAAAAUGGUGGAGUGGAACCAGCUGGAUGUGUCCUCGUUUCUGGAGCAGGCGACGGGCUUCCUGGCAGAGCAUGGUCAACUAGACGGACCAUCCUGCCAGGCACCUCCUGCUAAACGAGCUCGCUCUGAAAGCUUGAUUGAUGCCAGUGAAGACAGCCAGUUAGAGGCUGCGAUCAGAGCCUCCCUACAGGAAACUCACUACGUGUCCUCAAAUGUCCCUGACAUUCCUGAUUCCCCUCGAUCAGACGAGGAAUCGGACGCAGAGCCUUUCUCUGACAGCGAGGGUCCCAUCUCCGUUGAUGGCUCAGACAGUGAAACGCCAGCAUCACACGAUGAUGCAAAAAGUUCAUCCAGCAAACAUGCAGCGGUGGCAUCAGGUGCCACUGCAUUGACACAGCAGCGUCCACACCCAGACAGUUCAACCUCCUCCCACAGAAAAUCUCCAUACAAGGAAAACAACCACACUCACAAAAAAGAAGAGAGCAAAAAGAACCAUCUAGAGCCCACUGUGUGUACUGCUGUUGCUACUCCUGGUUCUACUGCUGGUUCCAGUCAUCUUCAGCCUGACUCAGGUUCUGGGGGGAACCAUUGUUCCGCAAUAGCAGAAAACACUGGACCUACAAAGACAACCAACUCCAACAGCUCAGAUCUAGACUAUCCUGAUGACAAUGGUCCCAAAGCCAGGUUGAUGCUCCGUUACCCAGAUGGUCAAAGAGAGCAAGUUUCCAUGUCUUCUAAAGCAAAACUAUUAGCACUGGUAAGACACGUCCAGUCCAAGGGUUACCCAAAUGAACGUUUCGAACUCGUCACUAACUUUCCCAGAAGAAAGCUCGCUCACUUGGACUAUGACAUCACACUUCAAGAUGCAGGGCUUUGUCCGCAAGAGACUGUCUUUGUGCAGGAAAGGAACUAGCCUUUGCUCAGACACUCUGACUUUUUGCUUUUUUGUGUUUCUUUGGUAAACCUCACCUUUACACCAGUGAUCUGGAUAAAUAAUUUUGGUUCUGAUACAGUCACCCUUUCUUUCUGCUGGAAAUAGACCAAUUUUUGUAAGACAACUCCAAGGUGGAUGGACCACAACCUUUGCCAUUCAACUAUUUGGAAAAGUAUACUGUCAACCUAAUUGUUUUGUAAAGUUCUGCCACAACGCAGUAAGAUGUUACAGAUUCAAAACUCUUGAGUAUCUCGAUAUGUGCUCUCUCUGAUGUGUGUGGUCUGAUAACUAAAGCUCAUCAUGGUAGAAUGAUGUAUGAUAUAACUCAUUUUCAAUUGAAACUUCCCCCUGGUAGACCUCAAAGCAUCAGAGACCUGUAUAAAAACAGACCAGAGAGUAGUUUUAAUGGCAAGAGUAUAUUUUCGAGCUUCUGGUUUCUUCCUGUAUCUAGGAACAGGGAGUUUGGUCUUUCACUCACUCAUUGUUUGAGCAGGCUUAAUUAUAAGGAAAGACGUGUGUGGCGAACAAACAAACAACCAUACAGUUGAAAAGGCGUCCAGUGUCCAUGACACAUUUGUGUAGGUCUGAGAAUUUCAGCUGAUCUGCACAUUUUUAUCCAUGUUUCUAUUAGAGAACUGUAGACAGUUUAUGGAUUUCACCUUUUGAUACCGUGAAGAAUGGAUGAACGUUGGUCUUCUCUGUCAGACCUACACUGUACAGCGAUGGCGCAGGAAGACUGCUGAUAAACUGUAGUCAUUUUCUUUUCUUUUUUUUUAUAUAAUUGCUGCCAAGAAAAUAUGCUCAUGUUAAAAUAUAAUCACCUAAAUCAAGGUA